AUGUCAGAAUUAGUUAAACUCAUAGUAGAUCAGACUAACCCUGAUAAUAACAUCAGAAAAUCAGCUGAACUUCAAUUCAAUGAAUCGGUUAAACAAGAUCCAUCCCAAGCAAUGUAUAUUAUUUUACAACUGGCAAUGGAUCAAACAUUACCAAUUGAUAUUCGUCAAGCAUGUAUUUUACAUUUGAAAAGAUUAGUUCCUCAAUUUUGGUCUAUGGGAUUUGAAUCAUUUAUUGGCCCACCAAUUAAUCAAGAUUUAAAAGUUGAAAUUAGAAGAAAAUUAUUAGAAUUAGCUACUGGGUCAACUCAAUCUAAAUUAAGAGGUGGUGCUGCUUAUGCAAUUGUUCAAAUUGCAUCGGUUGAUUAUCCUGAUGAAUGGCCAGAUUUAAUGAAUACUUUAUAUACUGCAACUAUGCAAUAUCAGGAUCAAACGGCAUUGUUGGGUGGAUUACAAGUAUUGACUGAUUUAUUUGAUGAUUUGAUUACAGAAGAACAAUUCUGGGAAGGAGGAAUUGGUAAAGAAGUUAUUGAACAUUUGAAUGAUAUUUUAAGUAGAGAUGGAAUAAGUGCUGAAGUGAAAACUCAAGAUAUUAAAUUAUAUGAAAAUGUAUUGGCAAUUUUAAGAAGUCCAGAAGCAUUUGCUACUCCUGAAAGAAAAGAAUUUGUUAUUGGUGAAAUCACGAAAACUGUUGAAAUUUUAAUUCAAUUAUUGCAUAGUAAAGAAUCCAAUUUGGCAGAUUUGAAUUUAAGAAGUUACAUAUACAAGAUUUUGGCUUCAAUAAUUGGUCAAUUCCAUUCCAAAUUGGACAGACAAAUGAAAAGUAGAAUUAUAUUGUUGGCUUUGACAGAUCUUGAGUGCUUGUCACCAAUAUAUAAUGAAAUUGCAUUGGAGGGAGACCAUGGUUUAGAACAUCCAGAUUUUGAAGCAUUGGCCGUGUUUAAUAGUCUUCUUGAUGAAUUGUUCCAAACUUUGACAGCUGUCCAACAUGAUGUUAAUAUUGGCCAGGGAAGAUUUAUUCAUGAUGUGAUUACUUGUGCAUGUAUUACCAAGGAAAAGCUCGAAGAAUAUAGUGAAGAUUUCAAUGCUUUAGUAACAGAUGUGACUGGUUUGAAUGUUACCCCUACUGUUAGAGAUUCAAUUUAUGAUUUCAUGACUGAUUUGAAUGAGACAGACGCCAAGAAAGUUUUUGAUACCAUUGUGUCUCAUCUUGAAGAUGGGGACUGGAGAAGACUUGAAGCUAAAUUGUUCAUUCUUGAAGCGUUAUUUGGCAAUGAUGCAGAAUUCGAUAAUCCAGGUUUAUCAGUAUUCACAAGACACAUAACCAAUCAUAAUUUGAUGGUUACAGCUAGAGUGUUCUUGUUAUUACCUAAAUAUUUGGAGAAAUUCGAAUAUGAAAAUUCUGCCAGGGUCUUGAUGGAUAUAUUGAAAUUUGGGUUGAGAAGUAGACCUAAAAUUAGGAUUUCUGCACUUAUUAGUUUCACUUAUUUCAAGCAUGCAAUUGAUAUACUGACCCUAGAUGAUUCUUUCCAACCAAAGAUUUUUAAACUUGCACAGUCGUUAAUUGAAGAUGCCGAAGAGGAUUCAUUGCCGGUUUUAUUGGAAGUUAUAUUAGAUGCCAUUGCUAUCGAUGCUUCCUACGCUUCCAGCGCCUUUAUCAAUGAAGGUAUCUCUGUUGUUGAUUUAAUUUUCAGAAUUGCAUUUAAAGACCCAGCUAACGUCCAAUUGAUUUCUGAUUCUACUGAUUGCUUAAAUGCAUUAUUAAAGAAUGUCAAUAUGCGUGAUUACAUGGUUAUUUGUGAAAGAUCAUUACCAUUUAUUUUCAAUAUUAUGGAAUCAUCAACUGGAGAAUAUUCUCCCGAAUUAUACCUUGCUUUGGAAUUAUUGAGUAUUAUAAUUAAAUUAUCACCAGAAGAAGAAUUACCUUCACAAAUAUUUGAGUAUGCCUUCCCAAUAUUAACUAAAAUCUUGAUUGCUUCUUUGGAUAACCAAAUUUUACAAAGUGGAGGUGAAGUUUUCAAUGAGUUAAUUAAAAACGGUUCAAGUUUAUUCCUUGCAUAUCAUGAUCCAAAUACUAAUGAAGCAGGUAUUGAUAUUAUGCUCAAGAUUGUAUCCAAAUUCUUAUCACCAGAAUUGUCUGACAGCGCGGCCAAUAGAUGUGGUUCAAUUGUUAGUUCAUUGAUUGACCAAUUUCAGAAUUAUCUUCUGUCGGAAUUCUUGACUCAAAUAUUAGAAGCUACUGUGAAUAGAUUAAUCAUUGCUAAAGAAUCGGCCACCAUUGAAAAUCUAAUCAUGGUUUUCUGUCAAUUGGUGUUGAAAUCGCCAGAAGAAAUGAUUAACUUUUUAAAUAAUAUGCAAUUACAAGGAAAAUCGGGAUUAGCAGUGAUACUUCCGAUUUGGUUUGAUAGUUAUGAAGUCACGAGAGGUUAUGAACAAAUUAAACAGAAUACUUUGGCACUUGGUAAGAUUUUUUCAUUAGGGGAUCCAAGAGUUGAAGGUUUAGUUGUGAAUGGAGAUAUUAUUCCAUAUGAAGGAGAUUUAAUCAUUACUAGAUCAAUGGCUAAGAGUAUGCCAGAUAGAUAUACACAAAUCUCUGCUUCUUUGAAGAUAUUGAAAUUGCUUGUUGGUGAAUUACAAUUCCAGUGUCAACAACCAGAUGCUGAAGGGUAUUUACCAGGAGAAGAACAAAUUGCAGAAGGAGAUGAUGGCGAUGAUGGCUGGGAAGAUAUGGAUGAUAUUGGAGUUCCAAAUUAUGAAAAAUUAAAGAGUUAUGUUGAAGAUGAAAAACAAGAAACUGAUGAAGGAUUAAAGAAUUUAUUAAUUCAAUUUUUCAGAGAAUGCACAGUUAAGAAUUUAGGUAAUUUUCAAACAUUUUAUGAACAAUUAAAUGAUGAAGAAAAGAAAACCAUUACUGAAAAUUUGAUCUUUUAG